UCGCGCCGAGGGCUCGCGCCCCUGCCUCCUCGUGCCUGCGCCGCUCGUAUGUAAAUGAGGGCGCGUGACGCGGGACGCAGAUGGACAAGGGAAGAGAGAGAAUGGCCGCUGCCGCCGCUGCUGCCGCCGCCGCCGCCGCCGCUGCCGCUCAGUGCCGGAGCCCUCGGUGCGCGGCGGAGAGGAGAGGAUUCCGGCGGGAACUCGACUCUUGGCGCCACCGCCUCAUGCACUGUGUAGGUUUUGAGAGUAUUUUAGAAGGGCUUUAUGGACCACGGCUACGAAGAGACCUCAGUUUAUUUGAAGACUGUGAACCAGAAGAGCUGACUGACUGGUCUAUGGAUGAAAAAUGUUCAUUUUGUAACCUACAGAGAGAAGCAGUCAGUGAUUGUAUACCAUCUCUUGAUUCUUCACAGUCAACGCCAACAGAGGAGCUAUCAUCUCAGGGCCAGUCCCACACUGAUAAGAUUGAAUGCCAAGCAGAAAAUUACCUAAAUGCACUCUUUCGAAAGAAAGAUCUUCCUCAGAACUGUGAUCCUAACAUUCCCUUAGUUGCUCAGGAAUUAAUGAAAAAGAUGAUUCGUCAGUUUGCCAUUGAGUACAUUUCAAAAAGUGGUAAAAUUCAAGAAACUAGAAAUGGUUCGAUUGGAGCAAGUCUCGUAUAUAAAAGUAUCCAAAUGAACCAAGCAGAGAACUGCCUUCAGGAUGAGCAGGAAGGCCCCUUAGACCUCACUGUGACUCGAACGCAAGAGCAAACUGCUCAGCAAGGGGAUGGAGUGUUAGAUCUCUCUACAAAGAAAACCAGCAUAAAAUCUGAAGAAUCGUCCAUAUGUGAUCCUUCUUCUGAAAAUGCAGUUGCUGGAGUGCUACAAAUGAAAACUGAUGAGAGAGUGGAUUUGUCUGAUGGGAACACAGCAAGCUGCCCAUUGAGCCCCAUUAAGAUGUGCCUUAAUCAUCCUAUUGAAUGGAAUCUAACAGCAGCAUCUCUAGGAAGCUGUACAGUUCAUAACCAAAAUCUCAAAAAUGAAGAAAAAUAGUCUGUAGUUCUUGCACUAUCUUUAUUUUGUAUGUCAAUAUUCUUUCUCAUGAAAACCAAUUGAUCCUAAAAUGUUUCUAGUCCUGUGAUCUGUCUUUAUAUUAAAUCAUUAGCAUUCAUUUUUAUUAUAAUUAUGUUUUUUACAAAUAUUACACAAGACCAUAGUGGAGUUUUGCAACAAAAGCAGAUUUUGAUGUUUCUCUUUUUAUUGGUGAAUUUUUUAAUGCCCUCAGUUUAAAUAUGUAAUUGCCCAGUUCUGUUUCUGUGCAGUUUGACCUAUACAGAUUCUGUAAUUUAGAAAGCUAGUAUUGUAAAGGUGUGUGAUAAUGACCUAACCCAUGAACAGUUGUGUAACAGGUGGAUACUAACUACCUCGAAGCAAACUGGGAAAGGCAAAGGUAUCACUUGGAAGUAUAUCUCUUCUAAAGUUAUAUAUGUAUAGAAAAAGGUUGAUUAGCUUAUCAAACAGCAUGUUUUCAUUCAUUAAAAAAAAUUAGGUUAUCAGUUCUCUUUCUGUAAUUUAAAACUCUCAUCUGUGGGCCAUAAGAGCAAUGGCACAAUUGCAUGUUUACCCUUCAGCAAAUUUGUACCUCAUGGUAAACAAGAAUACUGGUUUAAGUUAACAAUUCUGAAUGAAAAAAAAAAAAAAGAUAACUGUUUUUAUACCUGUUGGCUUUCUUGUAUUUUAGCAAUUUACUCCAAAGCUUACAGGGAUAGCCUGUAGAAGCUGGACAAUAUUCCUUACUAUGCUAAUGAUGCAAAGUACACCUGCAGUCAUGGCUAUUGUCUAAAGUCUGAGGAGUUAAGACUACUACUAAUGGUUAGUGAUUAAAAGCUGGUUUUCCUUUGUCAGAAAAGCAAGCUUUUGGUACAGUGUCUACAUGAUCAUAGCAUCUUUCCCUUUGGAUACUCUGCACAUGUACAAAUGGGAUCAUAGUUCAUUCGUAGAGGCUUCCCCUUACAUCGUGUUAUAUACCAUUUUGGUCCUGCUUACUUCCUAUUCUCUGUGAAUUUUUUUAAGACAGGGAUUUAACAGGAGCUAUAACAAUAAGGAAUAUGAAGCACAGAAAAAGACACAGAGCCAAGAGAUGAAGAACAACAAUGUUUUUCAUUGAUUUAUAAUCAUUAACAGAUCUAUCUGCCUUUUCCUUUUGCUUAAUGAGCAUUCUUGCUUUGCAACUUUGACUCCUUUUCUGAGUUCUAAGAAGCACAUAUUACAUACAUAGAAUAGCCUUUUGGUUCUAAAAACCAGCAAUAUUACCUUCACUCCAUCUCAGAACAUCAGUUGAAAUAAAUGGCCUCUGGCAAAUAAAUUUAAAGAAGCACAAUUAAUUAAAAAAAAAUCAUGUUAGAACAUUUUUAUACGAAAUAAAGAGAAAAGGUCAUAUCAGAAAUAAUCUAGGUGUUUCAUUAGAUAUGGCAGAAAUAAAAAGGACUACUUUUAUACAAUGCAGCUUUCAAAACACUUAUGUUUUGUAAGUGACAAUUUUAAAAGAUAAUUGAAGUUGACAGCGAAAAAAACUGCUCAUAAAUCAGUACAUAAAGAUGACUUCUUAUAACUUUCAUUUUCCAUUAGUAUUGUUUAUCAUUCCAACUAGAUUAUUCUUUGAUGUGCCAAAAACCAAUGUCUCUUCAUGAUUAAUGUGUGUGGACAUCUCCCUAAUCCAGAAACAUUCAUAAACGUGUUCCUAUAUAGAAAGAUUUAGGAAGAGAAAAUGACCCAGAGGUAAGAUUAUCAAAUAAAUACUUAAUAUGGGAAUCAUACAAUUUUCAAAGCCAUUGUUUCAUGUAAAUAAGGAAUGCUUUGGUUCAUUAUACCAGUCCUCAGUGGUAAUAAGCAGCUUUCUGUAUAGCUGUAAGUACUCACCCUUCAAAUGCCAUUUGUCUGACACUGUCACCUAUGUUAGAUCUACUCUAUUUAAGCUUCUCAAAUAUAAGCUACUGGUCUUAUUAUACAUCUUUCCAAAUGUCAUAGUUUCAUAGGGUUCACCUUGGGAACCUAAUUUAAAAGCAAGUUCCUAGGCCCACUUAACAUUCUAAUAAAAACAAGUCUGGAACAAUGCAGAUGGAUCACACUGACAGAUGCCAAAGUCAUGUGGCAUCAUUCCAUGUUUCCAGAAACACAGCAGGUAUUUCUUAUUUUACCACAGUAACUAUUAAAGCAAAGAAAUAAGCACAACUUCAAAGGACUCUGUCCUCAUCAACUCUCUUAACUCGGAUCUUCAUUAAGCACCUGAGCAAGAUUACGUUUAGUUUUCUCUAGUGCUGCUGUCUUGGCUCGUCUUGGUAAUCUCAUCUUCAUUUCUGAUGGUGGUUCUGGAACAUCAUGAUCACUAGACAGAUGUUGAAAAUACAUUCAUUUAGAUAUGAGCUUUAAAAGUCAGAAUAUUAAUAAAGAAAACUUAGUUUCUGACAUUCUAACAGUGUAUAACUAAGCUUAAAACUAAAAUCCCAAGCAAUAACCAAAAAACACUGGCUGGAUGGCUGCCUUGCCACAUGAAUCACAGAACAACUGGCUAACUUGGUAAUUUUUAAUCUACUGGUGAAGCCUGGUGUCAUAUACGGAAAGAAGCAAACACCAAGCUUUUAUAGUUAAGUUUAUAAGUACAUAGAGACCACAACAAUCUGUCCUAAACAGUUUUGGAAGUGAAAAAACAUUACUAUGUUCUCUUAAUCAAGUUAGUAAAUUACCAAAACAAUGUUAAGUUCUCCCAAAAGCACUUAAUCUAAGAAAAUAUGCACAGUCCAAUACCAAUUAAUAAACGAAUGCAAGACAACAAAAAACUUUUCAGGCUCCAUUAUGGCUUGACAUUGACUGAGAAUAAUCACUAUUAAUACAAACCACUAAUAAACUAAAGUUAUAAACAGAAUUGUAGCAGAAGAAAUCCAAAUGUUAUCUAAAUCAAGAUAAAGAGUCAUAUACACAAGGUCCGGUAAUGAGAAUACAAGGAAAUUGAGAACACAUUAACUACUAUGAAGGUGAUGCCAACUAAUAAAAAUACCUCUUCAUAAGUCUAAUGUUCUUGAUGGAGAAUUUCAGACUGUCUGCCAAAGUCACAGAUAUUUAUGGCAUUUACUAUCUUAUAAUAUACCAAGUUUCUCUCACAAGAAAAUUACAAUUUUCUACUUCUGAGCAAAAUAAAAGCUAAUUAGCAUCUUCUCUGUCUUGUAGAAACAUAUGACAUACCUUUCAGAGUCAGUCUCAGGAGUCUGACGUCUCCUAUUGGUCCUAGAUGAAACUGGUGCUUUUCUCCGCCCUUAAAGACAGUAUAAUUUAUUGGCAAAAUUUUAAAUGGUUUCAUAUUCCUGAAUCUAGUUUCCAGGGUAUCUAAAUCUUUACUUUCAGCACAACAAUCUUCUUCAACACAUUUUCUUACUUCUAGCCACCUUUAUGCUCUCAAUACACCACAGUAGGGAAAAAUGACUAAAAUUUACAUAAAUUUCUUUGGAUGAGCGCUACAAAUACAUGACAAAGAUGCAAACUUUUGCUCACCACAUAAGGUGAUAAAAACAUCUCAGGCUCGGUGUGAUAGCUCAGUUGUUAAAGUGCUGGCUCUGCUAAAGAUGAGGACUGGAGUUGAAAUGCCAGAACCCACGUAACAGUCAGGUGUGGUGUCCCAAGCUCACAAUCCCAGCACUGGGAAGGCAAAAAACAAGCAGAUCCCUAGGGCUCAGUUCUUGGAAGAACUCCAAACCAGUGAUGAACUCUUGUCUCCAAAACAAGUAGACUGUGACUAAGGAGCCACACCCCAGGCUGUCGUCUAGCCUCCAUGUGCAUACUAGUGCACAAGUGAACGAUCGCACAUACUAACAGUUUUCUCUUACAGUAGGGUACAGUGUAUAUGGAAAAACUAGCAAAAGAUUACAAAGGUAAAUUCAAUCAAUGAACAGCUCGAAAAUGGAACUUUAUUUUUAUUAUGUAUGUUUAUCUUUGAAGCACUACUGCCUAGCUAGACUGGCCUCAAACUGAUGGGCUCAAGCUAUCCUCACACAGCCUCUAGAAUAGCUGUUAUUACAGUCUGACACUGUCAUCAUACCUGGCGUAUACAUGGCAAAUUCAAAUGUUCUUAAAUAUAAUUCAAUGUUUGUUUGUUUGUUUUAAAAAAAGAAAGAAAGACAGGAAGGAAGGAAGGAAGGAAGGAAGGAAGGAAGGAAGGAAGGAAGGAAGGAAGGAAGGAAAAAAAAGGACCUCUAUACACCAGGGUUUACUUGUUAGAUUAUUUUACAAGGUUAAGAACUAAGAACUGAAGAAUGUAGUUCAGUGAAUAGAGUGCUUGCCUAGCAGGUACAAAGCCCUGCUUUGAGUGACCAUGUAAAAUGCAGCAUGGUGGUAUAGUACCUAUAUUCCCAACCUGUAAUCAGAAGUUCAAAGUCAAUAGUGAAUAUAUCUAGCCUAAGAUAUAUGAGAACCUAUUCUGGGGUGGGGGGGAGACAUACUAAAUCUGGCCUGCAAAAUUCCUCAUUUCUAAGAAGUAAAAUAUAGAAUGUAUACAGUAAGUUUGGACUAUAAAAAAAAAAAGAGGUGGAGUGCUCAUACUUUAUUCUGUAACUAAAAUCUGAUCAAAAUCAAUUGUUCAUUUGACAAUUUAUUUGAAAAUUGUAUAUACUCUAUUCAUUGUUACAUAUUUCCCCCUCAGAGUUUAUUUAUUUGCUUUCACUAAUGUAUUUAUCCCCAGGAAGACAUCCAAGAAUAUGGAACUAAUUUGGAACAAUAUCCAGUAAUUGGUGUUUAAAUAAUUGGCUUGUUAUGAAACAAUAUUAUGGCCAGAUUCUAUUCUAGAAAAGAUUAAACAUACUUAGAACAGAGCCGUAAAACUAUUUUCCAUAAUUCAAAUCAGGUUUGGCUCAUGGGUGGGACUACUAGUGUUCUUGAUGGUAGGUCUGCUUGGAUGUACUUUCUUAUUCUUCUGUAACAAGCAUGCAUUGCUUUUGUAAUAAGGAAUUAAUAAAACAAUUAAAAAGGCCUUGAAUUUCA